AUGACCAGUAUGUCUUUCGGUACAGACCAUAUAGAAUCCAGACUUGAUUCGUUGGCAAUCAAUAAUCACUCCAAUACAAAUAAUAAUGGUAACGAUGAAAGUAUUUAUAAUAAUAAUAAUAAUAAAACUCCGGUUAUAAGUCCCUCGAACUCGUUCAAUGCCAAUAUGAAGACGUCUCCUACAAACUCGGGAGGAUCCCGUCAAUAUCAGUACCACAACCUCAAGCCAAAAACAUCCCUUCUAUCGAGUUCGUUGGCUAACGAGCGUAAAUCCAAUCAAACUAUAGGCUUUAACGUGGGUAUGGGCUUGGGAUUCCUGGCUUUGAACAAUAAUAGUAAUACGUCUCCAUCAUCGACAAACUCUAAUCACUCGUCCAUGUUAACCUCUCCUCUUAAUAAAAAUACUUUUAGUAUAGACGAGGGCUUGAGUGAUCACCCAGAACCAGAGUUACUUGCCUCUUCUGUUGGUAAAGAAGUCGACGGUAGAUUGAUACCGUCGUCUUCAACCAUAUCUUUAUUGUCUUUGAAUAAUAAUUCGGGAGCUAAUAAAUCAAAUAAUGACCAACAGUCUUAUCUUCCUUCUCCAAAAGGCGAUUUUUCCAACCAACUGCAAUUCCAUAAUCAGAUCACCCAACAUCCUCAACCUCAAGCUUUCAUUGAUCGUAAAAAUUCUUAUAAUAAUAUUGCCAGUCGAAAUUCCAUAACUCAUUUAAAUCAAAUUAGAUUACAACCUUAUCAAAAAUUUACAUCUCCUCCUCCUAUACAACAAUCUGUUCCCCAGCAUCAACAAAAUGAUUUCAUUUCAUUCCAACCUCAUGAUACUUUCUCGCAAAGUAUUCCAAUCAAUAAUAAGAGCAAUAAUCCUCUAAUAGUGCCGGACUCUCCUAACUUAGAUCCUACUUCUUUGGGAGGCUCCCCUUCCAGAUUCUGGCUAUCAUCUCAAACUCCUCCGCGGUCCUUAGCAGGCUCGUUUUCGAGAAAUUCCAGAACUCAAUUAUCUCAAAUGCUGCAGCAAUUUCACAACCAACCGCACAAUCAACAAAAUCAAAUCUACUUUCAACAAUUCUACAGAACUCAAUCUCCAAUGCCUAAUUCUAAUAAUAAUGCAAAGAAUUUUACUUUCACUGCUAAUGCAAAAGCAAUUGAUAUCGAAAGACAGAACGGUGAUGUUUCUCCAAGCCUUAAUCCAGUGCAGACUCCUUCUGAAGACCCUCCAAUGACUCCGUUAUACCUCAACGCAAAUGGCCACGAUAGCAAGGCCGAAGCUACUGGUUACUUUGACAGUUUGCAUCUUGAAGCGACUCCAUCCAAUGAUCAAGAUGAGAGUAGUAGUGAUGACGAAGUUGAAUCAAACGGCCAUUCAGAAACCCAGGCUCGUCCUGAUGUCAUCAUGAAUUGA